GAGGUCAAAUGACUUCAUUCAUGUAUCACAAAUAAGCGAAUCUCAGUUGCUCACUGCUGUAUGACUCGUUCUGGCAAAAGACACUUAAGACAGCCAUCGGUUGUAGAAUUAAGCAGCAAGGAUGUUGAUGCCACCAGUUCAAGAAGAAAAGAAUGUUCCACAAUCAGUUCCCGUCCAGGCAGGUUUGACACAGCACACAGUUCCUGUUAUUCACUUACAGCGUGAAUUUGUUCCUAACGAUUACUUCAUUCCUACACUAGUUAUUGCUAUUGUCUGUCCUAUUGUGAGCUUCUCUACAAUCAUCUUCACUGUUGCUGCCAUAAUCUGUUCAAUACUGUCUUGGGUGCAUAGAGCAAAAGGUGUAUAUCAUUAUUUACAAGCUAAGAGGUUUGGUCAAGCUGCUCUCAUAUUGGACAUCAUUGCUCUGCUCUGGUUAUUUGCUUGGGGCUUCAUUGUACUGACAUACUUAAGCUACUUUGUAUAUGUAAUAAUUCCUCGAAUUAACUAUUAAUUUAAUAAUCUCAGUGUACAUGUAUAUAAAUGUUAUACUGUCCUGCCUACUCUACCUCAAAACAUGCACGUUUAUGCUUUGUAACGAAGGUAUUUAAGAAGCAACUGCAUGUUUCAAUUGCCUGUGAUAGAAUACAACAAAAGAAGCACGACCAUUAUGAAAUUAUUAUCAUCUGGGAGAAAUGAAUUCAUGAAAGGAAGUGACUCUGACCUUGUUCAUGAAUAGUGUCACACUCAUUGUGAUGUCAUAGUGCAUAAUCAGAUUGGUCAGGCCAUGACUGAUAGGGUUGAGCCUAUUAUUCUCAUAAAUUUUCCCAUUAUUCUUUCUGGAAAUUCUUAAUAAUUUCCCACAUUAUUCUUUUCAUUUUAUCCUAUUAUUCUCAAUUUAUUCUCAAUAAUUUUUUCAAACAAUCAAUUUUCACCCAAGAAUUGCAUUCCAGCAGUGUUUUAAAAAUAGGUCUUCCAAAAAACACUAGCCAAAAGUUUUAAAAUUUUCUUCUGCAAUCACCAUUGACCUCAACUCCACCCAUUAUUCCACUAUUAUUCCUAUUUCCAUCCAAUUACUCCAGCAUUAUUCCUCAAAUGAGGAAGCCCCUAUUAUUCCUAAAAUUAUGCUAGAAUAAUAGGCUCAUCCCUAAUGACUGACCAAUUAUGCAUUGGUAGCAAUAGAGAUCAUGAAUAGAUCAUAAAUAGCAUCAAGAGUCCAUUGAUAGCAUAAAUAUAGUGUAAUUUUGUACUAUCAUAUGUAAGUACUUUGUAUCAAUAUAAUCAGUCACUAGAAUUGAGUUGAUAUUCUUGAUGGUUGACAAUGAAUAUGCAAUCUUUUAAAAACUAUAGGAAGUUUGUGCAAGCAGCAUCUUGGCUUUUCCUAAUUACAUCAGUCUUGUUAUAGCCUGAGUGAUGUAAUUGCCAAUGGAAUUCUUAGCAGCACUCCCAUGCACCGGCAUAACAAUGCAGCUCAAUCAUGAUAUUAUAGCCAAAAGCAAGAACACAAGGGUUGCACAAACUGCCGCACAUUUCAGAGUCAAUAUUCUUUGUGUGAUUAUAACAUAAACACUGAUUCACUGAGGCCAAUUCACUGUAAUUCACAGCACUGACAAAUAAUAAUUAGGAUUGAAAUCCCAUAACUCAUUAACACACCAUUAUCAAGGUAGACUAUGGGCGUAGAAUUUAAUCAAAAUGAGCCAAAUUUUAUGAUAACUAUAAUUACAGAAAGAGUAGGAUGGUAGUAUUUUAUCAUGACUGAAGUGAAAGUGCUUAAAUUAUCUUUAUGAAAAAUUGAAAAUAUUCACACAAUGAGUCAAAUGUUUUUGGCCUAAAAUGUUUGGUUUUAAAAAUGAUUUGAAAAUGAAAACCUGUGAAAUUGAUUUUUAGGUGGGCUUGAUGGUUUGUGAAAAUUUGGAACAUCAAGUUCAGCGGAUAGUGAAUAAUAGAAGGACAACAUAGCUACAGUACCUAUAAAUGACUCUCAAACGAGAGCAUUAAAGUGCAUACCCUCACCACAAUGUGUAUUUUAGAAGUAUUUGAAUUUUUAAAAGGGCAAAAUGCACUCCAAAAGUUUGUAGUCAUUAAUGAAAGAACUUCACAAUAAUGGUUUGAUACAUGGGUUCGUAGAUAUUAGAGUUACAAUAUAAUUAAUCUAUGAUGGGUUUAAUUGCAUUUGUCUAUGCUCCUCCAAUACUUUAUAAAAAUUAAGCUCAGUCAGUCCAAUAAUUUUUCCUGUAUUGACUGGGAAAGUAGUUUAGUAAUUAAAUUUCAUUAUCUAGAGGAAGUGACACUAUUCUAUGAGAGUAAGUAAACCAUACAAAUGUAUGCUCAGUUGCUCACUGCUCAGCAUUUCUCAGUCUGCAGUUUGUCUGUGACUCGUUCUGACAUUGGUUGUAUAUAGACUUAAGCAGCAAGGAUGUUGAUGCCACCUGUCCAAGAAGAAAAGAAUGUUCCACAAUCAGUUCCAGUUCAGGCAGGUGUGACACAGCACACAGUUCCUCCUGUUGUUCACUUACAGUAUGAAUUUGUUCCUAACGAUUACUUCAUUCCAACACUUGUUAUUUCUAUUGCCUGUACUGUUUGCAACUUCUCUACAAUCUUCUUCAUUGCUGCUGCCAUGAUCUGUUCAAUACUGUCUUGGAUGCAUAGAGCAAAAGGUGUACAACAUUAUUUGCAAGCUAAGAGGUUUGGUCAAGCUGCUCUCAUAUUGGACAUCAUUGCUCUGCUCUGGUUAUUUGCUUGGGGUUUCUUUGUACUGUCAUAUUUAAGCUACUUUGUAUUUGUUGAGCUUCCUCAAAGAGCUAUAUUAGAAUAACGAGACACCAAGAAAAAAUGGUUAAUUUAGUGUUCACAUGACUGUAAUUAUAACCUUAAAAGGUAUUUUUUUAAAAUAGAA